AUGCAAAUCCACCAGUUAAUUUCCAAAACAUAUGGAGAAAUUCAUCACCGUCAGCUAUCCUGUUACUGUCAGUAUUGGAUUUCCCGAGAUAGAAUUUGCUCUUGUCAUCACCCACAACACUUAGCAUUUAAUAUUGCCAGAAAUUUAACUGCAGAAGCCAUAGAACAUAAUUUAAUGCCGGAACAGAUUAGUAAGUUUGAGAAACGUCUUGAAGAAGUGUAUGAUGUGACAAUCAUCAAAUUAUCAACAUUAAGCCCUGAAGAAAAACAAGAAUAUAUAUACUGGAAGGCUUGGCAUGGUGCCAAAUUCUCUAAUCAACCUUCAAAUAAAGGUAAUUCAACAAUUGAAGAAGGUAUGUCUGAUGAAGAAAAAAAUGCUGAAGAAGAUCAAAAUAUCAAAAGUGAUGCUAAAAACUUAUAUACAAUGACAUUAUUAUCACAGACUGAAAAUAUUACUGAACAACACUACUAUGCAGUAUUCUAUCGACUGCGACAAAAAAAGACCUUCUACAUUGGCCGACCAAUAGAACCAGCAAAAGAAGGCUACAUCAAAAUUAAAUACUUGGAAAAAAAGUGUGGUGUAAAUGAGUAUGACUGGCCAAGAUCUGAUGAUAUAGAAAUUUUGAAAGAAAGUCGAAUACUAUGCCAAGUUAAUUUUGUGGGACCACCACCAUAUAAACUGGAACAGAUGAAUUUGAAAAGAAAUUGA